AGGACGUCCGCGCAGCAGGCAGCGCGGUUAAGGAAUUCUAGGGUUUGAUAAAUGUAUGCCUAUGUAAUUUGAAACUUUCAAAACCCGAGCGCGUCUUUUCGGAUAUUUACAUGUAAAAUAAAUAUAAAGUGCGACCUUCAAAAAUCAGUUCCGUGAGUACAAAUUAGCUAACGUUAUCCUAAAUGUUUGAUAGGCAGUGGUUGUUGCAUUUAAAGCAGGCUACAUUCAUUUUUGAAAGUUGGUUUUAUAGCACCGAUAUGUAGCUACGAGUGCCUUUACAGAAUUGUAUCGGUAACUAGACAACAAGGGAGUAAAACAACAGCGGUUUUAUUUGUGUAUGACCAUUCGCUAAAGUAACCUUCUACAUUCGUUUUAGAUGAAGUCCACUUUAUAGUCUGCAUUACAUGCUUUACAGCUCCAGCGAUUUUGUAUUCCAACGAUUUUUGUAGUCGGUUCGGUUGCGCUUUAACUCGAAUUUCCAUCGAGUCGAAGAAAAAGUAUUUUUGUGAGUCUUAAUUAAAUUGUAUUUUGCGUGGCAAUGCACAAUCGUGUCCCAACAGACUGAACAUUGCUUGACAAGCCAGUCUUUAUCAUUGGUAAAAGUAAAGAAACAUUUUACCAUGUCAAAUGCAGAAGUUGACAUGGCUGGACUGGGUUUUCCAAACCUAUCUGCAGGUAUGGACGAGGAUUCCUGUCUGUCUAGCCGAGUGCCGACGAUACGUAGGCACUCGUUGAAUACAAGAAGAAACUCUUACAUGCUUCACAAAAUAAAUGUGGAAUUGGAACCACAACUUUAUGAUGGCUCACUCUCCAAGGCACUGUCCUGGUCUGCAGAAAACAUUUUAUAUGAGGCCUCACAAGCGGAGCGAAAGAUGGACUCCCCUUUGCUGGCAUCUCCUGUCUCUAGCCCGGGCACAAGUACCAGUACGCCCCCUGGUACCCAAAAUUCAGAGCCCAUUCCAACGUUAGAUAACUGGGACGAGCGGGUGCCAAGCAGCUCGGAUUCUGAAGAUGAAGCAGCUCACAAUAAACACCAAAAGGUCAUUUUGUCACGGGCCCCGUUUGAAAGCAGAUGGGAGCAGGAAGAGAAAGAAGAAAUUGAGACCAAAGCUGUUGCCACCUCACCGGAUGGCAGGUACCUCAAAUUCAAUAUUGAGAUAGGAAGGGGGUCGUUCAAGACGGUAUACAGGGGCCUGGAUACGGAGACUACAGUGGAAGUGGCAUGGUGUGAACUGCAGACAAGGAAGCUGACAAAGGUGGAGCGGCAGCGCUUCAGCGAGGAGGUGGAGAUGCUGAAAGGCCUGCAGCACCCCAACAUUGUGCGUUUCUACGACUCCUGGAAGUCCACCUUGAAGGGCCACAAGUGCAUUCUCCUAGUCACCGAGCUCAUGACCUCAGGAACUCUGAAAACGUACCUUAAAAGAUUCAAGGAGAUGAAGCUGAAGCUGCUGCAGCGCUGGAGCCGACAGAUCCUGAAGGGCCUUCACUUCCUCCAUACGCGCACACCGCCCAUCAUCCACCGGGACCUCAAGUGCGACAACAUCUUCAUCACUGGCCCCACCGGCUCUGUCAAGAUCGGGGACCUGGGCCUAGCUACCCUCAAGAGUGCCUCCUUUGCCAAAAGCGUUAUCGGGACUCCGGAGUUCAUGGCCCCAGAGAUGUACGAGGAGAAAUAUGAUGAGGCGGUGGACGUCUACGCUUUCGGGAUGUGCAUCCUGGAGAUGGCCACGUCAGAGUACCCCUACUCCGAGUGCCAAAAUGCGGCCCAGAUUUACCGUAAAGUCACCAGUGGAAUGAAGCCUGACAGUUUUUUCAAAGUAAAAGUCCCAGAGCUUAAAGAGAUAAUUGAGGGAUGCAUUCAUAUGGAUAAAGACGAAAGGUACACCAUCCAGGACCUGCUGGAGCACACCUUCUUCCAGGAGAACAACGGCGUGCGCGUGGAGCUGGCCGAGGAAGACGACCUGGUGAAGUCGGGCCUGAAGCUCUGGCUCCGCAUGGAGGACACCAAGAAGCUGCACGGGAAGUACAAAGACAACAACGCCAUCGAGUUCCUGUUCGAGCUCUACACGGAUCUCCCUGAAGAGGUGGUCCAGGAAAUGGUGGUGCUGGGGUUUGUAUGCGAAGUGGACUACAAGAUCGUGGCCAAGGCCAUCCGCGACCGCGUCACGGCCAUCAAGCGGCAGCGCGAGAAGAAGAGGCGGCAGGUGGAGGAGCUUAAGAAGAAGAAGCAGGAGGUGAUCGAGGAGGAGCCGGAGUCCGAGCCUCCCUCGCCCGGCCUGCAGGGCCGGACCCCCGAGAGCCCGGCCCCCGCCCAGUCCCCGCCCACCCCUGCCUCCUCCUGCUGCAUCCCAUCCUUGCCCAACGUCUCGGCGGACUCCGGCAUCAACGCCACGUUCCCAGCCGAGCCCGAGGAGCCCGAGGCUGACCAGCACCAGCACUACCACAUCCGCCACACCAGCUGUUCUUCUGCCACCUCUGACUGCGAGACGGACGGCUAUCUCAGCUCAUCUGGACUGCAGGAUCCCCUGGAGUCCCUUCCCCCGGCAGCCAGUCCUCAGUCGCCGUGUCCCCCAGUCCAGGCCUCAGAGACUCUGCCCGUCAACGCCUCUCCAAUGCCGGCCCUCCGCUUUCCCUCGAGCAUUGCCGUAUCCCUCAGUACAGAGCGUGUCCACUCUGGGCCAGCCAGUGGCUUCUCCUCCCCGGUGGACAGCUACGCCUCGGAUGUUACGUCAGGCCUCAGUGACGGGUAUGAAGGGCUGUCAGAGAAGAGCACAAAGUCUCCCACCAAACGCACUGCCGCGAAGCUGUUCCGGAGGAGAGCCCGCUCCCGCCUGCGUAUCACAGGGCUUUCAGACAAAGUGGACAGGGUGGUGGAGUGUCAGCUGCAGACGCACAACAACAAGAUGGUGACAUUCAAGUUUGACUUGGACGGAGACAACCCGGAGGACAUAGCCACAGUCAUGGUGCACAACGAGUUCAUCCUCCCCUCGGAGCAGGAAGGCUUCAUCCACCGCAUGGGUGACAUCAUCAGGCGGGCCGAGGCCCUGAUGAAGAAGGAGUCUCUGGGUCCUGCUGAUGCGCUGGGGGGCCCCCGCCUGCCCUACCUGAGCGGGGCCGGCACACUGUCCACUUCACAGCCGAACCUGCACAGUCACGUCCUGGCCCGAACUCACUCAUCCUCAUCACUGCCUGAUUUCGGCAUGGCCAGCCCCAGUCCGGUGAACCUGGGCUCCCCCCAGGCGCCGAACGGAGACUUCUUCUUUAGCACAGACGUGACCUCACCUAGCCAGCCCAUGUUGCGUUCUCAGUCCUUUCACAGCACCCCAGGGUCUUCCCACCCUUUCUACAAGCCCACCUCUCUGUACUCGUCAGUCUCCGCUCCUGAGCACAUGGUGCCCCACGGUCAGGUGGCCCAUCUGCCGCAGUACCAGUCAACCCCUUACAUGACCACCACCAGCUUCCCUUUCCCAUACGCAGGGACACCGACCUCCGCCAACCCUGCUCCCUCUCACCCACCUCUGAGCUGCGGCUCGAGCAGCUCCAGCUUUUCCUCGCCAACUUUCGGGUCCCCCGGCCACCAGGGGGAGGCGUUGAGCCCGGGCAGCGAGGGCGGCCCCAUGUCCCCUCCUCCCCAGCACCCCGGCAUGUGGCCGCCCCAGUCGCAGCCUCUGUUCUCGCUGGCCAAUGUGCUGUCCAUGGCCAUGAGCAUGGCUCAGUCCUUCAUACCCACCACCACCCUGGCCAGCCCUAUGACGCCCGGUCUGCCCCCCGUGCUAGCCGGCUUCCACUCUCCCAUUUCCCCCCACAUCCUCCCCCAGCUCGGUUACCCCUUCGGUCCCAAUUACCAGGUGACACCGGGCGAGUCCUCCCACCACCAGGGGGCAAUGGCAGGCCAGCCGGACUUCUACCAGAGGGCCGAAUCGCACUCUGUGGUGCAAGAAGGCAGUUUUGCGCCCAUGUACCCGGGAAUCCCCAGCAUCCUGCAGAUGAACAUGACCCCUACCAGAAUCCCCGAGCCCACGUUCCCCGUCGAAUCCCCCUCACAGUACGUCCAAACCAGUACCAGCUCCCCUUGCUCACCCCAGCCAACUCCCCAGAUUUACAGCGUGCCGGCCUUCACGGAUCUGUCCCAGGGCCGGCCUGACAGCACAAGCUCCUCCUCCGCCACCUCCACCUCGCCUCCGGACAGUCCUCAGAGCACGGUGUCCUCGGCCAGCCCGAGGUCUCUGUCUCCCCCGUCAGUGCCUGAGGGAGCCGACGGUGCCCCCAAGGUCAGACUCUCUCCUGUUUGUGAAGCUGUCGCCAAGGACAAACCCACGGUCACAGUCGGCCGAUUCCAGGUAACCCCCAGCGAGGCGAUCCCGGCCCCAGCCUCACCCCCGGCCAUCGCCAGCUCGCCCACUUCAUUCGGGGACGUCGAGACGGAGAGCAGCACGGAGGGGCCCGCGGAGUCUGAGAGCAGUACCAGCACUUCUCACUCCGCCCCCUUCCCCCAACAGUCCCCCGGGGGGGCAGCACAGGACCCUGAGGGCCAGCCCUCGUGGGAGACGGCCAGGAAUCAGCAGGAAGAAGAGGAGGACCAGGACCAGGAGGAAGGGGAGAAGCCGGGCCGAUGGGAGCGCGACCUCAGUCUGAUGGGCACGUCGGCGGAUAGCGGCCUAUCGGUGAUGGUGCAGGAGCCUGAUGGACAGCUGUGCGAGGGCGGGCCCGAGAGCCCCCAGUACAGCAACGCCCCCCUGCACCACCUGUGGAUGACCUACACCCGCAGCUCCUACCUGAGCAGCGACGACACGGAGAGCGAGGAUGACGACAUGUGGGAAGAGCUGCAGGAACUCCGGGAGAGACACCUGUCGGAGGUGCAGACCCUGCAGGCCACCCAGAAGAGGGAGAUCGAGGAGCUGUACGAAAAGAUUGGGAAGGCUCCGCCCCCAGGCAUCGUCUCCCCCGCCGCCAUGCUGUCCUGCCGACAGCGCCGCGUGUCCAAAAGUGGGGGCUUCCCCCCCUCCCGCCGGAACAGCCUGCAGAGAUUAGAAAUCUUGCCGCCUACAGGCAUCAUGAGGAAGAACUCAUUCAGUAGCAGCAGCAGUGGCUCCCAGGACCGGCCCAGCAAAGGGGUAACGUUUGCAGCGGACUACAGCAUAAUGUGAGACUCCCAAUAGGGAGUGUCUUUCUCUGGCCUACCUCAUCUGAAGCCUGACUGCCACAGCCUUACCCCACCCUUCUAGAGGAAGUGACAUCACAGACAGCCUCUUCGCCCGGCCCCCUGAAGAGCAGAGGACAGUGCGCUUCCCCCAUUAGCACAAGGGGAGGCCGUCUCCAUAUCGAGCAGCCAAGGGCCCGGGACUGUCGCUCCUUUGGACCGCUCCCAUUCCUCAGAGAAACACUCCUGAUUCCUCGCCAUACACCAGCGCUUAUGGCUUUCCUUUACACGCAAUGGUCACAAAAGUCCAAAGUCCUUGUAUGAAAAAAACGAUUCUUGAGUGUGGAGAUGUUUUCUGUCGCACCCUUUUAAGUGUGAAUACAAUGGCUGCCACUUUCCAAAGUGCUUCGGUGUUCCUUCACAGAUUUCUGCCAGAACGCACCUCUGCGUUAGUAGCAUUGAUGAUGAAAGCAGUGGGGUGGGGGAGAAGUGCUUUCUACAGUGCUAGAGCAGCUGCUGUCAAUCUGGGCAGUGAGAAAAUAUGUUGGAUUCUGCCCCAAUGGCUACACGAUGGUAGUCUCUCAUCUGCCUGGUUCUUUUGCACUUUUGAAAAUGAGUCUGGUGGAUUCAAUCAGAACACCCCCUGGCUGUGAUGAUGUACAGCACUGCCCUCCACAGAGAUCUGCUGCUUGGGUGUAAUUCUUUUCUUUGCAUUUCUGCUUGCUUUCCACCAUUGUAGCAAUGCAGGGAAGGCAGUAAUCUUUCGGAAUCAAUCAAGAAAUAUUGUUGCUUGAGCAGUACAGGCCUUCUACUCUGAGAAAUUAAAUUAUUUUAUUGUUGCCUAAAAUAAAUAAAAUACCAAAAUAUGUAUUAUGUAUCUAUUCUCAUAAGAAUUGUCAUUAAGCCAUUUGCUUAAAUGACUGCAGAAUUGCAAAAAGAGCUCAAUCAAAAUCUGUGAUUGUAUUACAAUGUCACACAAGGUGCGAUUCUAACAUCCACAGCUGAGACACUGUGCUCCAGAACUAAAUCUUCCAAAUUCGGACAUCUAAUCAUGAUGAUUGAUAUUAUUUUAUCAAUCAUUAUUAGUGCGGUCACUAGUGUCAUUAGUGCUGUAAUCCAUGUAAAGCUUGUACAUAGAGAUAGUAGAAUGUAUAUAUUAUAUAAAACAUAAUGUUGGUUAUGUUUUAACAAACAUUGGUAUCAAAAACAAUUAAAACUGUAAAGGAAAGGCAAAUAUAACAGUUCCACUAAUUAAUUGUACAAUCUAUUCAUACAUUGUAGCAAAGUAGUUUUUUAAGAUAUGAAGGUUACGUCAGCUGGCUUGCACUUUGAAAGUAUUACAUACUGUAUAUAUUCAGAAUCAGGUUUGGAUGCAUUUUUACUGAUUGAAUUAUGAUACGCACACUCCUCAUUUCCCAAAAUGUGCAGUUUAUCCGCCUUUGUCUGUUAAUGCUUAUUAUUAUUCAUUAUAUAAUUAUUCAUCAGUCUUGAAUUUUGAGUGGCAAUUCAUUUGAAUGCUUUGCAUUAUUUUAAACUCAACCAUGCAUUUGUGGUUAAUCUCUCAUAUAUCAUGUACGACAUACCAUAAAAUGCAAUUUGCCUUUGUCAAAACACUGCAAGACCGAAGACAUUUACAUAGCACAGGUUCAUACAUCAGCUCUGCACACAUAAAAAAUACCAACCUCAUUACAAAAUCACCUGUGCAUGAUGAACAUGAUGACAAUAUUCCAAAUGCAGUUUGGCAAAUCAGAUUUUGUAUGUUAUUGCAUACAUGGCAAACAUAAGUAUAGUUAUAAUUUCAAUGAGGGUUGGUCAUUUUUUUAAAUCUUACUGCCAGAUAAAAUUAAAUGCAACACAAAUAUUUUACAAACUGAGGAAAUCUUAGAGCCUGAAUUUCAAACAUUUCUUUAAAAGAUGUACUGGGAUGGGGUUAAACCAAGUCAAAACAAGCUCUGUCCCACAUCUUAACAAAAUGUUUCAAGUGUCCGUACCUAUUUUUAUACAGUCUAUGAUCCGUACAGAACUAUAAUACCUGGACAGAUUUAGUUGAACUUUGCGUUUUAGGUUUAAUUCUGUAACACUGGUCUCAUACACUAAGGCUGGUGACCUGCACUAGCCAUGCAGAGUGAUUCAAGAUAAAUCAUAAUACUAAGAAAAUGUGUAAAAACCUCCAGAUUACCUCAACACUAAGAAUAUUCCCAUGUUGAAUUGGACACAAAUAACUGUGAACAUGCAAAGAAACCAAAUUUAAGAAGGCCCCAAUGCACAUGUUAUUCAGAGCAUCUAAAAUGUUAACUGCCUAUUGAAUGCCUGGUGUUGCUCUGUAGGGUGGCAAUUAGACAUUAAAGAGGAAAGUGAAAAAUAAAGUGGCGAUGUUACAAGAACAAGACGGUACAGAAUGCAAGUGUCUGUCUUUCACUGCCCAUCUUUCCCGGCUUCUUGAAGUGAUAUGGCUAUUAAAAUAUGAUGGAAGUCUGCCAUUGGUUGGUCAUGCAGCGUAAACAUCUACAGCAGGAGCAUUAACUUAAUAUUGUUACCAAAGCAUAAUGGGGUGCUACUCACAAUCAUGUUGUGUUUCUCAAAAGUCAUUUUUGUCCAUGCAAAGCAUUUGCCUGCAAUAUUGUUGUAACAUAGUCUAUCAAAAUACAUUAAUCAAAUUUUAAGCGUUUCAUCAAUGAGGCAUUGCACUUUACCUGCUGUUUUGUCUAUCUGUAUGCAAGAGGCAGGGUGUUAACUGUAAAUAGUGAUGUAACUUGAGUGGAUGCAGGCUCCCUCUUAGUAAUCAGUCUGUGUGCCUAUAUCCACCAACAUGCUUGAAUAUACUCAUUGCAAAAAAAAAAAAAAAAAUCAAAGCUGUGAAUGCAUAACUAUUGCCUUACAGUAUGCAUACUGGCAAAGAAUGUAGGAAAUGUGGAGUAUUAUAGAUUGUAUUUAAAGAAGCAGACCACAAAAAUAUAUUUAGAAAUAGAAAUGUGAUAAUCAACUUUAAUUUGUGAAGGUAUGAUUUCUGUCAGCUUUGUUGCUAGGAAACACAAAGCUGUUGUACUGCCAAGCUGUAUCUGUGCCUUUUCUUUUUUACCCUCUUAAAUUUGAUUUAUAUUGCCUCCACAAUCAUAUUUGUAAAUAAAGAUAAUAAAAUUCUAAAUAUAACGGUAA